AUUUUAUAGUUUACUGUUAAAGUUAUUCUUUAAGAGACACUUCUCUCAAAGGAUCCGGGGAAACAACACGUGACUGCUCCUGAGGAGAAAGCACAAAUGCUGAACACUGAAGUGUGGUACAGUGUAUGUAUGUUAUUACCCAAGAAUUCGUUUCCUAAUUACAGCCGUGUGCACUGGGACCUAGUGCAGUCAGAUCACCACAUUAUACCUCAAACAUUCUGUGAUGUUACUUGGUUUUCACUUCUAAUAUCAUGGCAACGAUUUAAUUUCAUUCAGAAUAUACAUUUUUCAAACAUAACACAAUAAAAGUUAAUUAAAUCAAUGUGUUUUAAGAUGAACAGGACAACCAAUUAUAAUUAUAAUUACCAAUUAUAAUACAAUUUUGUAUAAGCAUGCACUGUUAUUUGUCAGAGAGUUGUAUAUGGAGGACUGUGAUCUGAGGUCGAGCGAGCGAUGCGGAUCUGAUUUCACAAACUUUUGUGGUAUUAAAACAUUCUUGCAGGGAUUUCAGACUAGGCUUUAAAUCUCACACGUGCUUUCAGAAGGAAUAAACACAUAUAAAGUCUCGCUCUGUAACACAGCGCUCAGCAGUGAGAAGUGUCUUGGACAAUGGCUUUAUACGUGUUACCGGAGGGAUUUAGUGAUUUUGACAUGUUCGCCUUCGGCUCUGUGCUGCUGGUGGGCGGUCUUCUUGGUUUCUUUCUUAAUUUAAUCUCGAUCAUGGCGUUCCUCAGAAUCCGGGAGAUGCAGACGCCCAAUAACUUCUUCAUCUUUAACCUGGCCGUGGCCGACCUGAGCCUCAAUAUUAACUGUUUAGUGGCUGCUUACGCCAGUUACCUGAGAUACUGGCCGUUUGGGUCGGAGGGCUGCCAGAUUCACGCUUUUCAGGGAAUGGUGUCGAUCCUCGCCGCCGUCUGUUUUCUGGCUGCCAUUGCUUGGGACAGAUAUCAUCAGUACUGUACGAAGCAGAAGAUGUUCUGGAGCACGUCUGUGACCAUCAGCACCAUCAUCUGGAUCCUGGCCGUGUUCUGGGCGCUCCUGCCGCUGCCGGCCAUUGGAUGGGGCGUCUUUGACUUUGAGCCGAUGAAAACGUGCUGUACGCUCGACUACACACAAGGAGACCGGAGUUACAUCACCUACAUGGUGUCCAUCACUGUACUGUAUUUAGCAUUCCCGGUUAUGGUUUUGCAGUCGUCCUACAGUUCCAUCUAUGCUUAUUUCAAAAAGACACGCCACUUUAAGUUUAACACAGGGUUACCUCUGAAAGCGCUGCUGUUCUGCUGGGGUCCGUAUCUUCUUCUGUGCACAUACGCCUGCUUCGAGAACGUUAGCCUCAUUUCACCAAAGCUCAGAAUGGUUCUUUCAGUGCUUGCCAAGACAUCUCCGAUCUUCCACGCCGUCCUGUACGCGUUCGGGAACGAGUUCUACCGUGGAGGAAUCUGGCAGUUCCUCACCGGGCAGAAAUCUGCAGACAAAAAGAAAUAGUGAAUGAGCUUUAGCCAUGUAAUGUUGUAUUCAGACGAGUCUGCAAGAAUUUACACGUGAUGUGACUGUAAUUCAUGUCAAAUCAGUGCCUAACACAUUUGGAGAUAUUUGUCCAGAAUUUCUCAAAGUGAUUAUAGAAGACGGACAUAUGAAGCCUUAUUUCAGUUCUCUGCAGUGUGAGAGAUCACUUACACAGUUCAUUUAGGACACAAUCAUUUAACCAUUUCAUUGUUCUUGCCUUACUGUUGCUGUUGAUCAGUGCAAGAGAAUCUAAUAUUCAUGUGUAAAUCUGUAAGUAACCCUAACUUGAAACCAGUGAGGGAACUGCUAAAAACAAAAGGGCUUUUCAUUGUUUAUCCACAGAAUAAACCGUGAGGCACAAGACAGUUUGUGACGGUUCUUUAGAUGUUCAGAAGGAGACUGAUGAAGGCUAAAUAACUCCAAUAGAAUCUCUCAUCAAGGACUGGAUUGCAGAUAUUCAUCGUCACUGGUUUAGACUUUAGAAAAUGCCCUGAUUCCUCGGUGUGUGUGUGUGUGUGUGCGUGGGUGCAUGUGUGUGUGUGUGUGUGUGUGUGUGGGUGCGUGUGUGUGUGU